ACUGAUUGUAUCUAUACACUGAUUGUAUCUAUACACUGAUUGUAUCUAUACACUGAUGAUUAUACAGAAUAAGAGGGUGGGACAGUUAGUUUAGACAGCUACAGAGGGGAAGUCCGGGAAGAUUGAAAAGGAAGAUGGCUACCAUAAGUGAUGAAGAACAAGUAACAAUAGGAGGAAUAGUAAUACUGAUAGUCUGUAGCUGUCUUGUUAUCUAUUGGAUCUUCUUUCAAAAAAGAAAUAAAAGAAUCAAAAGAGAGGAUAGAGUGUCCAUGGGAAGGGUUGAUGAAGCAUAUAGACCAAGACCAGUAGCUACUGGUAGCCAUUGUUCACUGGAUGAAGCAGCUCAUUAUGCUUUCACUAACAGUGGGACACUACUGUAUGCUAGGGGAACUAUAUACUGGAGUGAAGAAUAUAAACAUGCUGAGGAAGUAUUCAUUAGGAAGACAAGAGAUGAAGAUAUUAGCAAUAUAGGCACUAUCUGGAUCAAGAACUCACCCUGUAGCAAGUGUGCUGCUAAACUUAUUGAAUACUUUAAUCUUGUGCCUAAUAAACCAACUGUGUACAUUGGGAAGAUAUGGAGAGGAGAGUAUGGUGAUGAAGAGUCUAAUAAAGAAGGAUUGAAGAAGAUGAAAAGAAAAGGGUUUAAGCUGCUAGUAUGGGAGGAUGAUAAAAAUGAAGACGAAGAAGAAACAAGAGAAUACUUGAGGAACAUUGACAUGUAAUAGACCAGUUACUUUAUUAUUAUAGUAUACAUUGUACAUGUAACAUUAGUUCAAGGGUAAAACGUUAGUCUUUAUUAUUUUAGUUUUCCACUUAACUAGCCUAGACUACCACUUACAGAAAGUGGUUAAUCAAUGAACUCAUAUUUUACAUUAUGUAAUGAUAUUUACAUGUA